AUGUUGGAGGACCAGCCGGUUGAACAAAGUGUUGCUGGCUCGGUGGCUGCAACUGGGGCUGAAACUAUAGACCUCGCUAAUGCCGCUAUAAGCCCACGAGGCUCUGUUUCUUCCUCGUUUGCGGAACCCAUGGAAAAGUGCCUCUCCAGUGCUAUGGUGUUUGCAAGAGGAGGAGUCCGUGAAAAGCUUGCUAAUGAUGCUCUCGGAUACAUGAUCGCGCACGACGACUUGCCUCUGAGCACGCCCGAGAAGGAUGGCUUCAAGACGUUCGUGAAGGCAUUGCAGCCACUCUACGAGCCUCCCAGUGAGUCUACUGUCGCUAUGGGCCUCGAGGCAAAGUACGAGGAGCUCAGGGCACAUUAUGGACGGAUAAUUCAAGAGGCUGAUCAUCUGAACCUCACGGCCGAUUUUUGGACGCACGAGAGUACAAUGCGGUCGUACCUAGGCCUCAUAGUUCACUUUAGAGAAGGUAACAAACUGGUGAACGUCGAGAUUGGCGUUAAGUACGUGCCAGAAAGGAAAACAAGUAUGAAUCUUCGCGUAGCAAUGCGCGAAUUGUGCGACGAGUGGAAUAUUGACUACAAGAAGGUCCGGGCUGUCGUCACAGAUGGUGGGCAGUACAUUAAGGCAGCCGUCCGCGAGGAAUUUGGUGCCGAUAAGCACAUUUCCUGUGUAGCUCAUCUUCUAAACCAAGUAGGUCAAGCUGCCAUUGGUCUAGCAGUGUCCAAAGCCCCUUCGGAACUUGAAGCACAUGAGUUUGUGGUGGUCCCGGAGAACGAACAAGAUGCUGAGGCUUUGCUGGAGGACGUCCCUGACGCCGAUGACGCCGACGAUGACGGCACACCCCUCGUCAACCUUCGGCCGCUGCUGACGAAGGUGAAGAGGAUCGUUCGCUUCUUUCGCACCAGCGAUGUUGCUUCACGAACACUGAUGGAACUGCAGCUCCAGGACGGCAAGCAGGAGCCUGAUGCAUUGAAAUUAAUCCAGGAAGUCAGGACCCGGUGGAAUUCUUGCUAUUACAUGUUGGAGCGCUUCUUACAGUUGUCAGAACCUGUCAGCCGGGUCCUCUUGCAUCUGCUGAGGGAGAGAGGAGCUACUCGGCGAAAGCCGCCAAAUCUAAUCUCUGGUGACCAGCUUGACGUCCUUGGCGAAGUAAAGGACCUACUAAAGCCGCUGGAGGAAGCCACGCUUAUGGUUUCCAAGGGUCGUUCCGUGACACUCGGCGAUGUAAUCCCCAUGGUGUACGGCCUAAAGCAGGGUAUCCGAAACUUCCAGCCCAGUCACCCCGUCGCUUUCAAUCUGCAGCAAAAACUGCUCUCGGAAGUGAACGCACGAUUUAGUGGCAUCGAGUACACGCGCCCGUACGCGGCCGCGACAAUUUUGGACCCGCGGUACAAGAAGUACGUCUUCGAAGAUCCUCAGGCGGUGGCAAUGAUCGUCCAGCACUUAACUGUCAAGGAUGCUAAUCAAAACUUGGUUUGA